AUGCUGCUCCGGCAGCUGCUGGGGCUGCUCCGCUGCUGCUGGCCCUCCCUGCUGCUGCACUGUGCCCUCCACCCGCUCUGGGGGUCCCUCCAGAUCACUCAGGGUGAACCCCAGAAGUCAUGCUCCAAGCCUGUAGCAGAGAAAUUUACAGAGAGCUGCCAGGAAAUUUGCCAGUGCAGGCCACCUCCUCUGUUACCGCCGCCUCCUCCACCUCCGCCACCCCCGAGGUUGCUGGCAGUGCCAACUCCCAAGUCUACCUUUUGUCCCACUGAAGAGACCUGGUGGCCAGGCCUGGUUAUUAUCAUUGCAGUAUGCUGCGCCACACUAGUGUUCCUCUUUGUAGUUGUCAUCAUUUGCUACAAAGCCAUAAAAAGGAAACCAAUGAGAAAAGAAGAGAACGGAACCAGUCGGUCGGAAUAUGCAAUGACCUCCUCCCAGAACAACAAAACAGUUGAUAACAAUGCGGUCGUAUAAUCCCCGGGAGCCCGCCAAGCGCAGGAGGUGGCAAACUUUCAAAGCACACACACAGAGUAUGCAAGGUGGGUGAAAUGAGGCAACCAAGGGAGCUCUGUGGCCAAGGACUUCAUUUCAGA